CGAUAAUCUUCGUCAGGGGUUUCCAUGUGCUUUCUGCAUAUGUAGCAGAAACGAUCAAACGGUAAUGGCACUGUUUUUUUCACACAUUCAGAAAAGCAUGUGGAAACAUUCAGCCUGACAUAUUUAUGUCAGACAUGGCUAAUAAUUUUUUAACCGGGUGGUGCCAAAUUAUGCCAGCCCCCAAAAAACGGCUUUUCUGUAGCUGGCAUGUAGAUAGAGCAUGGCGAACGCAGUUAAAAAAAGUAAGUAGCAAAGAAAAACAACUAGAAGUGACAAAAUAUUGCGAACUUUAUUAGAAGAGAGGGACAUCACAGCAUUUGAAAACAUGUUAAAAACAGCAACCGAAACACUGCUAAAUGACUCGGAUACAAAUGCCUUUGGGCAAUAUUUCAUUAGCCACUACGCAAAAAAUGCCACUGCAUGGGCAUAUUGCCAUAGAUUACAGUGUGGGAUUAAUACAAACAUGCAUCUAGAAAGGAUGCAUAAGACCAUAAAGUAUCUCUAUCUUAAUGGAAAAAUAGUUAAACGACUCGACAAGUCUAUUACAAUAUUAAUGAAUUUUAUAAAAGAUAAAUUGGUCGACAGACUAAUUAUUCUGAACAAGGGUAAACUGUGCAGCAAGUUACAAAUUCUGCGCAAACGCCACAAGGUAAUCCUAACUGAAUCGUAUUCAGUCAUUCAGAAUGAAAGAGGUUGGGAAGUUUUAUCAAGUGAUUGUUCUGAAAUCUAUCUGGUCGAGCAAAAAGUCAAUGAUUGUACUUGCCAACUUACUUGUACCGAAUGCAAUGCAUGUAUUCACAAAUAUACUUGUACAUGCGUAGAUGCAAGUAUAAAAUGGAAUAUGUGCAAGCAUAUCCAUUCUGUAUGUCAGUACAGAAAAAAUAAAAAUUGUGAUGACCAUAAUGAUUCAGUAGGUGAUUUAUGUAUCGAUCAUGAUGAUGACAAAGUUACCGAGCAGGAUAUAAUUUCAUCAGAAUUAGAAAAAAAUUUACCUAGCACUUCUAAAACUCUAACUUUGAUGGAAAAAGUUCACAAUAUGAGUGAAAAGUUUUUAUUCAUUGUGCGCUCAAUUAAAAAUGAUGCUGAGUAUAAUGCAGUAAAUAGACUGUUAGAUGCAGUACAACCAACACUGGAUGCAGUGCGUGCCCAUAAUGUCAGCUUUUCUGAAAUUCAAACUGCUGGCCCUUCUAAUAAAAAUAUUACACCCCAAAGUACGACAAAGAAGAAAAAAAUUGAUGUGCCUCAGAGGCAUUUAUUUUCUGUAAAAAAGGGAGAAGGGAGAAAGAAAAAAACACACACAAAAAAUUGUGUAAACCCACAAAGGAAGAACUCCAAAUCACUGCCUUACACCUACUAAAUGUUGGAGAAUCGAAAUCAUAACGCAGAUACAAGGCCAGUAUCACAGCAAUACAAUCCAGAAGACUAAGCUUCUUCAUACUAGGCUAAUAAUAAAUUAUUUAUGCUUACAGGUAAUCUUUGUCUGAAUACCCAUUAGCUUCCACUAUAAAUUUAUGGCCAAAAAUUCCUUGCAAUAAUUUGUAAUUCUAAUUUUUGUAAUAGCUCAUAAUAAAUGUUACAAAAGAAAUAAAAGUCUAUAUCAAGGCA